GUUACCCUUCACAGUCAAACACCUAUUAUUCAUAUCCUUUCAUACGAAAACUUCUCUGGGCCGUAAGGCUAGUUUUAAAUUUUCGAAAAGCAGUGACAUAAAAAUAUUUUGCCGAUUGUUGCUGUUUAUGUGCAAUGGUAGAGGGGCAAUCGGCGGAAGAAGCAACAACAUCUACGGCAACAGCAGCAGCAUCAGUAACAAAAACAAACAAACAACAACAGCCAACAUGUGAAAUGCUUUUUUUGUACCCAAAACAAAAUUAAAUGAAAGGAAUCAAGUGCAGUAAGAGAAUAUUUAUAUUAUCAUAUACAACUGUAAGUUAAAUAACUGAAGAAUCGCAUACAAAAACAAAACAAAAAAAGCCGCCAAAAAAAUUCAAACAAAAAUUGCAAGCAAAACAAACAAAAAUAAGAAACAAAAAAUGAAACAAGAGAGAACGAAAAAGGAGCGACGAAACAGCAUCAGAAACAACAGUUAACUUUGGUGUAUCAACAACAAUUACAGAACGGCAACAAAUCAUCUUCCAUUAGCAACGGCAUUAACAAUAGUAACUAAAACAACAACAACGACAGCCGCUGGAGGAGGAGGAACAACAACACAAGCAGCGCCCAACCAAGGUCAACUUUUGGUGUGGGGCCCAACAACACAAAAUGCACGCGUGUGUCUGCUGCUGUUCGACCAACAACAAUUGCAACAACAACGGCAGCAGCAGCAGCGGCAACAGUAGCAACGACAGCAGCAACUUUGAGCAACAGCAACAGGAGCAAGCAGCUACCAAGGAUCGGGAGCAGAAGCAACAGGAGCAAGAUAAGGAGCCGGAGCCGGAGCAGGAGCAGGAGCAGCGGGAACAACACCUGGUGCGGGCUGGUGGCGGCGGCGGCAACGACAACGAUAACAACGAUCUCAACGGCGCCGCAACGAGGAGGCGUUGGUGGUUGCGUGGUCCUCCAGGAUCUGUAUCCUGGAUUUGGACGACAGCAACAAGGUGGUGCCCGCCGGGUGUCGUCGCGGUGACGAUAGCGCCGAUACCGCCCACGUUGCUGGCCACCGGCCCCGAAUCAGCUGUAGCAUCAGCAGCAUCAUCAGCAGAAGAACCAGCGCCAGCGGGAUCCGGUAUAGGAUCGGAAUCAAAAGCAAAAGCAGGAGUAUACUCCGCAGCUACCUCGAAGCUCCAGCUCCAGCUGAGGCUACAGCUAUUGAAGCCAAUCCAAGGACAAGGAGUCCCAAUCGCAAACGCAAUCCCAGCCAGCCAGCCGGUGUUGGUGCACGCCAUUUGAGUGCCUCUAAACCUGAGUGCGUGCGUGCUUCUGUGUGUGUCUGUGAGUGUUUGUUGUGUGCGUGUGUGUGUUACCUCCCGUGUGUUGCAAGUGUUCGAUUAAUCUAAACACACACACACCGAACAACAACAGAAUUAAUCCUUUUGACAACCUGUGCAACUGUCAAAAAAGAAAUUUAAAAAACUGCCCGCGCAAAGAAAUAAUUAAAAAGGAAGUCAAAAGACGAAGCUCUUCUCUGAAGUAAACCCCACGAAUAAAGAACAAAAACUGCAAAGACCAAGAAAGAAAACAAAAGAAAAGAAAAGCCUAGAAAGCAAGGAACAGCCAGAAGGAGUGCUUUCCCUUCAUUGGUCCGGGUUCCCCCGUACCACCUUUUUUUUCUCCUCAUUUUCGGUUUCGGCUUGCUGCCCUCCAGUGCAG